GGCGGGCGAGUGAGUGAGUGCCCGGGAGGAGGAGCGGCGAGGAGGGUUGCCCUCGGCGGGGCCCCGCGGGUGGGUGCCCGCCGGUGCCGGGGCUGCCCGGCGGGGCUGUGCCCUGGCAGGGUAGCGGCGGGGUGCCGGGGAGCCCAGAGGCUCCGCACGGGGCUGGGCCAUGCACAAGCCGAUGGAGAAGUCCCAGAACUUCCGCAUCGAGGCGCUCCUGGCCGAAGAGCCGGCGCGAAGCGUUUCCCCGCCGGGGCUGAGCCCCGGGAGCCCCGCGGUGAGCCCCGGUCCCGCCGGGCGGUCCGACACCCCCUCGCCGCGGGCGCCCAGGACCGCCGCGCCCCUCUCCCCGGCCGGCUUCGUCCCCAAGCCUGGCUUGCUUCACCUCCCCGGCCCUGGGCUUGGUGCUCUGCCAGCCCUGUACCCACCCGCCGUGUACCCGCUCCCGACCCUGGGGGGCCAGCACCCUGCUUUUGCCUACACCGGCAUUCCUCACCUGCCGCCACCCGGAGCCGAGCACCUGAAGGCGGCCGUGGCCGGCUCCUUCCCUCUGGAGCACUGGAUCAGAGCUGGGAUGCUGGUGCCGAGGCUCUCCGACUUCCACGCUGCCCCGCAGUCUGGCUUGAUGGGGAAGUGCCGUCGGCCCCGCACCGCCUUCACCAGCCAGCAGCUCCUGGAGCUGGAGAACCAGUUCAAGCUCAACAAGUACCUGUCCAGACCCAAGCGCUUUGAGGUGGCCACGUCGCUGAUGCUCACCGAGACACAGGUGAAGAUCUGGUUCCAGAACCGCCGCAUGAAGUGGAAGCGAAGCCGCAAAGCCAAGGAGCAGAGUGCUCAGGCAGAGGCCGACAGGCAGCGAGGGCUCAGUAAAGCCUGCGAGAAGCUGCUGCCCAGCGAGCCCCAGGAACAAGAUGCUGAAGGCCCUGAGUUCAUGGGCUGCAGCCCCAGCUCGGGCUUCCUGCACCACAGCUCCACUGAACUGGGCUGCAGCCCGGACUCCUCUUGCUCGGGGGGCGAGGAGGAAGAGGAGGAAGAUGAGAUGGGUGCCACAGAGAGGAAGAUUGUUUCUGUGUUGUGAAGGGUGGAUGGAGCUGGCUGGGGAGAGAGGCCAGGCUGUGGUGUUGGAGGUCUCUUUGCUGGCAGACACAGACUGUGCCUGGGCAGAGCUGGGGGGCAGUGGGGGGACUGCAGGGCACCUGCCCCCCUUUAACUUAUGUGUGUUUGGAUCCUAUUUAACUUGUAAUUAUUCCUCCAUGUGUACCCUGGGGAGUCCCCACAUCCCUCCCCUAUAAAGCUGUUAUCCAGA